AUGGACGGCUAUGCUCACCAGAACGAAGUUGCAUCUGCCUCGAUUGCAUUCUUCUUCCUCUACUAUGUCUUCUUCGGCAUCGGCUGGCAAGGUGUUCCUUGGCUUUAUCCUGCUGAGAUCAAUUCUGCAUCGAUGCGUACCAAAGGUGCUGCUCUAGGGACUGCAACGAACUGGAUCAUGAAUUUUAUGGUGGUUGAAAUUACUCCCAUCGGGAUCAACAGCAUUCACUGGAAGUUCUACAUCAUCUGGACGGUCUUCAACUUCAGUUUCAUCCCUAUUGUGUACUUUCUGUAUCCAGAAACGGCUUCGAGAACACUUGAGGAUAUGGAUCGCUUCUUCCGGGAGAACCACGACCCUCUUAUAUUCCGCCACAAAGAAGCCAUCAGUACCAAGCGACCUCUAGCCUACAUUGAGCGCGAGCAAGAAGAGGUCAGACGUACUUCUUCUGUCCAUGCUGGCAUGGCAGUGCAAGCAGCUCGCAACAAGAGCAAUGCUACCGAAUUCAACGAGAAGAGAGAAGGCAGAAACCCAAUGCUUAGUACUGACGGUAGCCACGAUGAGUUCAAGGAGGAGGUCUAG